AUGGCUGUGCAGAUUUUCAACGAAACAAAAGCGUCGACGCGGCUCCAUUUUGUCGCCACGUUUGGUCUAGCCAAAGCCCUUGCCAACGCCAUGAGUGGUAGUCUGGCUGAUACGCUUGGCCGGAAACCAGUACUGAUUUUGGGCUGCUUGGUAGGCUUGCCCGUAAUGCCCUACGUUAUUGUGGCGAAUUCUUGGAGCGGCGUUACACUCAUGAAUGUUCUCUUUGGACUGUCACAAGGGUUGCUAGGCUCUUCGCUUUUCUUUUUAUUAAUUGAUCUAAUGGGAUCACGUCGUAGGGGAAUCGCUGUGGGUAUGGGAGAAUCAACAAUUUACGUUUCGACUGCCAUUGUAAACGUUCUUGCAGGGCGACUUGCUUCAGUGUACGGGUUUCGACCUGUUCCUUUUUAUGUGGCAACCUCAAUAAGCGUGUUGGGACUUUUGUCGACCAUACCCCUGCAAGAUACUUUGGAUCAAGUGAGGGCCGAACAAACAGAAUCCGAACGGAUCAAUCGGAAGAAGUAUGCUCGGUUACUGAGUACCCAGCCCAGUAAGCUGGACGAAGAGCGAAUAGACACUCCAAAUUGCACUGAUCGUAGCCGUCUCGAUACCACCAAUUGCGGCAUCGGCGAGACUUAUGGUAGUGUAGAUGAAGGUUACGUUUCCCCGUGGCGGAUGUCGACGCACACGCUGGAUACGACUGAUAAGGAAGCGGUGAAGGAAAAUGACGGUGACAUGGAGACUCAACCGAUGACCGCAUUUUCAUUUGCUACUUCUUGCUAUGUGUCAACCAGCCGCAGGGAUCAGCGGACCAGUUCUGGCCCUCUACGUUCUGUUAAGAUGUUGAAGUCGCCAGAGACGAGCUUAAGCUCACUUCUUUUAAAGAAUCGGAGCUACGUCGCUCUUUGCUUCGGAGGCAUGUCGUUGAACUUCAAAGACGGUUUUUGUUGGGGUUCAUUCCCGGUCUUCUUCAAACAUGAACAUGGCUUGAGUGACGUGCGAACUGAUUGGUUGAUUGCUAUCUAUCCUUUAUGUUGGGGCAGUGCCCAAGCUUUUACUGGGGCUUUAUCUGAUCGUUUUGGUCGCAAAUCAUUCCUGGUAGCAGGGGUAGGAUGCUGUGCGGUUUCAAUGGUCAUCUAUGUACUUCCUUCGUAUUGCUGGGGUGUAGCGGCAGGUUCCAAGCACUUUCAUGUUUGGGUGGCCGCGGAUGUGUUGUUAGGAUUUGGGACCGCAUUGGCAUAUCCGGCACUACAAGCUGGUGCGGCCGAUGAGGUAGAUCCUGCCUACCGCGGACUCGCACUCGGAUUCUACCGCUUCAGUAGAGAUAUGGGCUACGUACUUGGAGCGAUCGUUUGUGGCCCUCUUACGGAUGCGAUUGGCUACGAGGACACAUUUCUGGUGAAUGGAACCGUACUUUGCCUUGCUUUUAUAUUACUGCUUGUGUUCUAUUCAGACGAUCAGUCUGAACAAACCUUUGAAUUCAGUACUGCCACAGAUGCAACUUUUAAGCCUUCCCCUUUUACCGCAGGGAAAUCACGAAUACUAACCGCCGGGAUUUCAGAUUCAUGGUGA